GUAGUUUCGUGUUCUGCGAGAACUUCACUAUCUAUUCAACAUGCAGUUGUGUUUAAGAGGAACCUCCACUCAUUUCCUUGAAUGCCAAGGAUAUGAGACUGUAGGAGAAAUUAAGGACCGUAUUGCAUCUUUGGAAUCGCUUAAAGCAUCCGAAAUCAUUCUUUAUGCUGCUGGAGUCCCGGUUUCUGAUGAAAGCUUGGUAGCAGAUUUUGAAAAUGUUGACAUUGAAUUGACUGUUGGUUUGCCUGGUGGUAAAGUUCAUGGAUCUUUAGCUCGUGCAGGUAAAGUAAAGGGACAAACUCCAAAAGUAGAAAAACAAGAAAAGAAAAAGAAGAAGACUGGUAGAGCUAAGAGGCGUAUCCAAUAUAACAGAAGAUUUGUUAAUGUAGUUGCAUCUUUCGGACGCAGGAGGGGACCAAACUCCAACUCAGCCCCAGCCUCAUAAAUUCCUUUAACCUUUAUAUAUUAGCAACAUGUGUUGCAAUAAAUAAUAAAAAUCUUUUUCAGU